AUGGCUGCAUCUACACCAGUAGAAAAGCAGGCCCCCAUCACCGAAACCGCUGACCCAAGGUCGUCACACGGCUCGAAGUCACCACCGCCACAACAUGGCUCACACGAAGACCAUCCGUUCAGCGACCCGGCAACGGCUCAGCGCUGGCGACAAAUAUACAAUGAUGCCGAGUACGAAGGACGCCACCGGUUCGACCCAGCGUAUACAUGGGAACCUGAAGAAGAGAAACGUCUAGUCAAAAAGCUGGACUGGCGAAUAGCUCUCUGGGCAUGGAUCAUGUUCAUCUCGAUGGAGUUGAAUCGCAGGAACAUCAACCGAGCAAUCUCGGACAAUUUGCUGAAAGACCUUGGAAUGAAUACGAACGACUUCAACUAUGGUCAGACUAUCUUUCUCGGUUCAUUCCUCUUUGCCGAACUUCCCAGCGGCCUGAUAAGUAAGAAGCUUGGUGCUGAUCGGUGGAUCCCAACCAUCAUCUGCAUAUGGUCCAUUGUCAGCGCCUCACAAUGCGCAAUGAAGACUAAAGCCCAUUACUUCGCCAUUCGAUGCAUCCUUGGUCUUAUCAUGGGCGGCUUCAUCCCAGACAUCGUCCUAUGGUUGACAUACUUUUACAAAUCCACUGAACUUCCACACCGACUGGCGUGGUUCUGGACUGCGCUGAGUACUUGUAAUAUCGUCGGCUCGCUGCUUGCAGCAGACAGGUUCUUAAUCGAAGGCAUCAUGACUCUAGCCAUCGGCAUCCUCUCAUUUGGCCUCAUGCCCCCUGGCGCCUGCCAAACGCAACACUGGUUCCGCGGCAAAAACGGCUGGUUCACCCCUCACGAAGAGUACAUCCUCGUAAACCGCGUCCUCCGCGACGAUCCCUCAAAAGGCGACAUGAACAACCGCCAAGCAGUUGGCCUCCCGCUCCUCUGGAAAGCAGCGUGCGACUGGGAACAAUGGCCCCUCUACAUCAUCGGCCUGACUGCUUACGUCCCACCUAACCCACCGCAGAACUACCUCUCGUACAUCCUGCGCCAACUCGGCUUCUCCGUCUUCGAAGCCAACUUACUCGCCAUACCCAGCCAGUUUCUCUACGCCAUCCAACUCCUCGCCGUGACCUGGCUAUCCGAGAAGCUCAAAGAACGCUCCAUGAUAUCCAGUCUAUCCAACAUCUGGAUUUUCCCCUGGCUCGUCGCUCUUGUCGUUCUACCUGCGGACGCAAAUCCCUGGGUCAGAUACGCGCUCCUCACAGGUCUACUGUCCUAUCCGUACUGCCACGCCAUCCUUGUAAGCUGGAACGCGAAGAACUCGAAUUCCGUCCGUACACGCGCCGUCUUCGCGGCUUUCUACAACAUGUUUGUGCAGUCUGGCAAUAUCAUCGCUACCAAUAUUUAUCGCGAUGACGAUCAGCCGUUGUAUCGCAGGGGCAAUAGGAUAUUGCUAGGUAUUUGUGUGUAUAACGUUUUCUUGUUCUAUGCGGUAAAGGCGUUUUACAUUUGGAGGAAUCGUGUAAGAGAUGGGCAAUGGAAAGCUAUGACCAAGGAAGAGCAGGAGGAUUAUAUUUUCAACACGAAGGAUGAGGGGAUGAAGAGGCUGGACUUCAGGUUUUCCCACUGA